GCAACCAAUGAAAAAUAAGAAAAUCUAAUUUGACCAAUCAGCUUUCAGCAUGAAAGUACUCAUUCUGCAACGCUGGAAAAUUUUACUCAAACUGUAAAAAGUGAUCAAAUUGAGCAGUCAUACCGAAUUUGGGAGUCUUUAUUGUACAAACUAGGUCUCCAAAAUGUCAUUACACACAGCAGCAACAGAUAAGAAUGUUCUGGAACGGUACAUGACCCUUCCUCUUGACACAAAAGUCAUGCUGGAGUACAUCUGGAUCGAUGGAACAGGGGAGGGGGUCCGUUCUAAAUGCAGGACCCUGGACUUUGAACCCAAGAGCCCAAAAGAUUGUCCAAUUUGGAACUAUGACGGCUCCAGCACAUACCAAGCCGAGGGCUCUAACUCUGACAUGUAUCUCCACCCCGUGGCCAUCUUCAGAGACCCCUUCAGGAGGGACCCAAAUAAGCUGGUGCUUUGUGAGGUCUUCAAAUACAACAAAAAACCAGCAGAAACCAACCAAAGGAAGACGUGCAAUGAGGUGAUGGAGCAGGCCAAGGACAAGAAGCCUUGGUUUGGGAUUGAGCAGGAGUAUACUCUGCUGGACACGGACGGCCACCCAUUUGGCUGGCCCAAAAACGGCUUCCCAGGACCACAGGGUCCAUACUACUGUGGAGUGGGGGCCAACAAGGUGUACGGUCGUGAUAUCAUUGAGGCUCACUACAGGGCCUGCCUUUAUGCUGGAGUCAAAAUCGCAGGCUGUAACGCUGAAGUCAUGCCAGCACAGUGGGAAUUCCAAGUUGGACCCUGUGAGGGUAUAGAUAUGGGAGACCAUUUGUGGAUCGGGCGAUAUUUAUUACACAGGGUAGCAGAAGACUUUGGAGUUGUCGUGACCCUUGACCCAAAACCCAUCGAGGGAGACUGGAAUGGAGCAGGAGCCCACUGUAACUACAGCACCCUGCAGAUGAGAGAGGAUGGAGGAAUCAAAUAUAUUGAGGAUGCUAUUGAAAAACUCUCCAAACACCAUGUACGACACAUCAAAGCCUACGACCCCAAAGAAGGAAAGGACAAUGAGCGUCGACUAACAGGAUUCCACGAAACCUCAAGUAUCCAUGACUUCUCUGCAGGAAUCGCUAACCGCGGGGCCAGUAUCCGAAUUCCUCGCCAAGUGGCAGAGGAAAAGAAGGGCUACCUGGAGGACAGACGACCCUCCUCAAACUGUGAUCCCUACGCUGUGACGGAAGUCAUUGUCAGGACCACGUGUUUUGACUAGACACUGCCUCAAUAGUGUUUCUAUGUUUGUACAUGUGUUGGUUUUGUUACGUUUAUAAAAAAAAGAUCUUUUUGUUCUGUUUGUAAAAAAGGGUCUUUUUGUUCUGUUCCUGGAAGAAAAGGGUUUAUUUUCCAGUACUGGUACUUGUAAUGAUAAAAGGUUGUUUGUAUGAGUUCAUUUGUCUAUUUUGUUGAUCUUUCAUCAAAGACUUGUUUGAUUGAUUCUGGAAGUGUUCAUCAAGCCUUUAUAUGUCAAAUGUUAACAAGUAGUGUCAAAUGGUAUUUACUAGUUAGUAGAUAAUUAAACGUAGUGUGAUAAAUUCAAUUUGACUCUAUUUUGAACUUUGACGAUUUAGAGCUAGCUUAAGAUGUAUUUUUAUCCUAACCACAUGCUGCAAAAGUCUGGUACUAUAUUUUUAUAUCCAUUUCAUAUUUAUUGUAAAUCAUGCUGUCAUGUCCUAUGCAGAUUGUUUUUUUUAUUUUAAAUUUUGUAUUUUGCAUUUUUAUUGUUUUAUAUACUAGUUUGUCAUUAACAGCUAUCCAAAAGAUAGAUAUACCAAUAUAGUAUACUUGGGUUUCAUGCAUUUGACAAAAUGUAUUUAUCGAGGGGAAUCUCAUUCUCUGAUGCAUGUAUAUUUGAAAGCAACUUAAUAAAUUGUUACAUAAAAUAAAAAAAUAAACAACUCUUUCAAAA